CGCUGCAGAGAUCCCGCUGCCUCGGCUCUCACGAUUAAUCGUCGGGAUGGUGUUGACAGCGAGAGGCAGCAGGCGGCCGUUUUUACACGUUUAAAUAAAUGUCAGGACCUGAUAAAAUUUAUUUAUUCAAGUCCAAGUCAGGUUCUCCGCAACAACACCGUUUGUGGAGGACGAAGUUAAUGUUAAUGAUGGAAUUCCCAGUCUCUGCUGCUAGAUGGAGAAACCGAAAGGGUGGACUCGUUAUAAAUAAUUAGAAAAAAGAGAGCCCGUCUGCUGCUAAAAUAAAAGGAAAAUGCAUCUGCACCAGGUGCUGACGGGAGCUGUGAACCCAGGAGAUUGCUGCUAUUCGGUGGGAAGUGUGAACGACAUUCAGUUCACGGCCUAUGGCUCAGGAUGCGACGUAGUGAUCUUGGCUAGUGACUUUGAGUGUGUUCAGAUUAUCCCGGGAGCUCAAAAUGGAAACAUACAGGUGGGCUGUGUGGAGUGCUCCCACCAGCUUGGCAGGAUUGCUGCAUCCUACGGAAACACAGUCUGCAUCUUUGAACCUCUUUCUAUCAACCCAAAUAAACGCCACAAGCAGCUUAACUAUCAGUGGCAAAAGACAGGACAGUUCUUCCUUGAUGCCAUCACCUACAACCUGGCCUGGGACCCACAAGGGAACCGUAUCCUAGCAGCAACCGAGCGACUCCAGCUGUGGGAACCUCCACUGACGGAUGCCCUGAUUGAGGAGGAGGAUGGGCAGAUGAUUGACGACAAGCCCCACCCUGUCCUCAGUGACUGGAACUGUGUCUGGCAGUGCAAGACCGCUGCGUCUGUCCACGCAGCCAAGUGGUCUCCUGAUGGAGAGUAUUUUGCCACAAUUGGAAAGGAUGACUGUUUACUCAAGGUUUGGUAUCCCACUACUGGCUGGAGAUCCGCAGUGGUGGUCCAGGACCCGUCUGAUAAAAAGCCUCUUCCUGUUCACUUCUCCUUUGUUUACUUGGCUCAUCCUCGCUCGGUCACUGGUGUGUCCUGGAGGAAGACCAGCAAGUACAUGCCCAAGGGUUCAGUGUGCAAUGUGUUGCUGACAUCUUGUGAGGAUGGAGUGUGUAGAUUAUGGUCGGAGACCCUGUUACCUGAAGACAGUCUGCUUGGUGGACAGAUCACUGAGAACACACAGUCCUUCAGCUCUAGCCUGCCAGGCCUGGCAGGCAAUAAGGACAAGAUCCAACAUGCUUUGGAGUCAAUCCACCACCUAAAACAUCUGCGCCGUGGCCGGCGACGGUCCUCUGCUUUAGUGGCACACAGUGAGCUGCUGCCCUCUCAGCUGGGCACACAGGAUGCACACACUCACCGCCACAUCACUCAUCAUGCCAAUGCCCUGUGUCACUUCCAUAUCUCGGCCAGUAUUAAUCCCAACACAGAUAUCCCAUCAGUGCUAGCUGACUCUGCAGUGUUUAACCCAGACGAUGGCACAGGUGGCGGAGGCUUUGUGGUUCACUGGCUCAAUAAUAAGGAUCUUAGCUUCACUUCAUCCAUGGACCUUUUUAUGCUGCAACUCCGUAAAUUCUCUGAACAACAGCUGGACCAAACUACUGAGGACCCCUUGGAUCCUGAAGGAUCCCCUAUGAAGUUUGACUUUGACCUGGAUGAGAUGUCUGACAAAGCAUCCUCAGAGCAAGGAGAAGAGGGUGAGUCAGGGGAGCAGGGAAGCACCAAGGCAUCCUCCCCAGGAUCCAGCUCUAGCAUGCCUCUGCCUUCCAUGCUGCUAGAGAGGAAGAUGGAGACUCUGAUCACAGAGUGGAACAAGAGCCCAGACAUGCUGUUUACCAUCCAUCCAUUGGAUGGAUCUUUCCUGGUUUGGCAUGUAAAAUACUUGGACGAAUUCAACCAGGGCAUCUUCAGACAGGUUCAGGUGUCCUUCUCCUCCCGUAUUCCGGUGGCGUUUCCCACAGGAGAUGCCAACUCACUGAGUAAAAACAUCCUCAUGUAUGCCUGCACUUUGACUGAGGGUGUAAGCGCUGGAGUAGGCAAGCAGGGAAGGAUAGUCCAACAUGUGUCCCACUCUGCUUCAGCCUCAGCUGGCCUUAGUUCUGCUGCUGUGACCUCCCCUCCCAACCCUCACAUUAGUCCAGCUGUCAUGAUGGUCUCCAAGCAUGUUGAUGGAUCUCUUAACCAGUGGGCUGUGACAUUUGCAGAGCGUUCUGACUUCUCCAAUGUACUGACAGUAUCUCAUAAGUUUCGGUACUGCGGCCAUCGUUUCCAUCUGAAUGACCAAGCUUGUCACACAGUGCUGCCGCUGCUGCUGACCUCCUCUCACCACAAUGCCCUGCUCACCCCUCCCUCAGCCCCUGGAAGUUUGGAAGGAGAGCAGCCUCCUACCUUUCCCCUACCAAAGGGUCUUCCCAGGAAGCAGCUUCGUAAUGCAGCUACAAGGACCUUCCAUGACCCCAACGCCAUCUACAGUGAGCUGAUUUUGUGGCGAGUGGACCACAUUGGACCCCUGUCCUGCACUGGAGGCGUCUCAGAAUUGGCCCGUAUCAACUCUCUGCACACCUCUGCCUUCAGCAAUGUUGCUUGGCUACCCACGCUAGUACCCAGCACUGUACUUGGAACUUACUGUAACAGUGCCAGUGCCUGCUUCGUGGCAUCAGAUGGUAAAAACCUGCGUCUCUAUCAAGCUGUUGUGGAUGCCAGGAAACUACUGGAUGAGCUGUCAGAUCCUGAAACAUCUAAACUCGUGGGCGAAGUGUUCAAUAUCGUCAGCCAGCAGUCCACAGCCAGACCCGGCUGUAUCAUAGAGUUGGAUGCUAUUACAAACCAGUGUGGAGCCAGUACACAGCUGCUACAUGUCUUCCAAGAGGACUUCAUUCUAGGUUACAAGCCCCAGAAAGAACCAGAAGCAAACACACCAGCCUUUCCACCUGGGGGAGAUUACCAACCUCCUCCCUUCUCUGAGAAGUUUUUCCUGGUGGUGAUCGAAAAGGAUCUCAACAGGAACUCUGUUCUGCAGAUGUGGCAUCUACAUCUUAAGUCUGUGCAGGCCUGUGUGGAUGAGCCAAGCCCAGAUUACAGCUUCCAGAGCCAGCUGAUGGUUCCCAAUCAAGUUGUGAAUGCUGACUCAUCUCCAGAGACGUCUCCUGUCAGACCCUUGCCACGGUCAACUUCAACAGCUAACUUGCAAUCUGCUAGCAAACUGAUCCUCAGCUCGAAGCUGGUUUACAGCAAACGCCUUGACCUUCCUCAUGGGGUGGAGGUUACUAGGGCGACCCCAUCUGCAGGACAUCUGAGUUCCUCCUCUAUUUACCCCGUGUGCCUGGCUCCAUACUUGAUUGUUACAACCUGCUCUGAUUCCCGAGUGCGGUUCUGGCACUGUGCUGUGGAGGGUGAUGAUGGGAAUGGUAUGGAUGGCGAGGACAACCGGGUGUACCGCUGGGAGCCCUGGGCUCUGAUGAAUGAAGAGGAGGACAACAACAGUGCUGUGUGUAUGUCAGGCCGGCCUGUAGCUGUGUCGUGUUCUUACAUUGGCAGGCUGGCUGUGGCUUUCAAACAGCCACGACAAGGACAGAGUCUAAGUUCCAUAGAAGACUUCUCUAUGCAUGUGUCCAUCUACGAGUGUGAGUCUACUGGUGGCUCAGAGUGGGUUUUAGAGCAAACUGUCCACCUGGAUGAUUUCGCCAGACCCUCUUCCACCCUGGAUCCAAGAGUCAGUGUGGACUCAAAUCUCUUUGUCUACAGCAGGUCUGACUUGUACAUGAGCAGAGACCAUAGCUCACCCAACAUUAAGCACUACGUGCACUUGGACUGGCUGUCAAAGGAGGAUGGAUCGCACAUCCUCACUGUGGGAGUGGGCUCCAACAUUCUUAUGUAUGGCCGUAUCUCUGGUGUGGUCAAUGAGCAGACGAGCAGCAAGGAGGGUGUGGCUGUUAUCACCCUUCCUCUAGGGGGCAGUAUCAAACAGGGGAUCCGCUCACGCUGGAUUUUGCUUCGGACCAUUGACCUCCUGUCAUCUGUGGAUGGCACCCCAUCGCUGCCGGUCUCCCUUUCCUGGGUAAGGGAUGGCAUCCUAGUGGUGGGCAUGGACUGUGAAAUGCAUGUGUAUGCACAGUGGCAUCAGGACAAGAAGCCCGGUGAGGGAGAAGAAGGCAACCUUUCAUCAGCAGACAUAGCCGGAGGUCAAAGCACAGUGUCCUCCUCGAUCUUUGAAGGGAGGGCCAGGUCAAAGAGUGUGUUUGAGGGGAGUACUGCAGUAGAUGAGGCCCUUCGUGCCCCGGCAGGACUUCAAGAAGGAGGACUCUUUGAAGCAGCUCACUCGCUGUCCCCAACUCUUCCUCAGUACCAUCCAACCCAGCUGCUGGAACUCAUGGACCUGGGCAGAGUUCGGCGUGCCAAGGCCAUCCUCGCCCACCUGGUAAAAUGUAUUGCUGGAGAAGUCGCUGUGGUUAGGGAUGUGGAGGCAGGUGAGGGCGGAGCCAGGAGACAUCUGUCUCGGACAAUCAGCGUUACUGGCAGCACAGCAAAAGACACCAUAGUGUCGGGCCGUGACGGAGGCAGGGACUACACAGAGAUCAACUCCAUCCCUCCCUUGCCUCUGUACUCCCUCAUGUUGGCUGAUCUAGACACCUCUUAUAAAGGACCUGAAGAGAAUGCUAAGGGAACUAAAGGGACUGAUGGUGAGGCAGCCCAAAAGUCCACAGAGGACCAGUAUGCUGACCUCUUCCAGGUGCCAACAGUUACCACGGAUGACUUUGUAAACUUUGCCACAGAUAAACCAGAGAAAAAAUCCCGAGUUAUUAACCUCUCUCAAUAUGGGCCUACCUAUUUUGGACCAGAACAUGCUCAGGUGCUGUCCAGUCACCUCAUGCACUCCAGCCUUCCAGGCCUGACCCGCCUAGAGCAGAUGUUCUUGGUGGCCUUGGCUGAUACUGUUGCAACCACAAGUGCUGAGGUCGCAAGCUCCACUGAUCAACAGUACACAGGUGGCGAGGCUCUUGAUGAGUGUGGACUAAGGUACCUGCUCGCCAUGCGUCUUCAUACCUGCCUGCUCACCUCUCUGCCCCCACUCUACCGCAUGCAGCUGCUCCACCAAGGCCUCUCAACGUGUCACUUUGCAUGGGCGUUCCACUCAGAGGCAGAGGAAGAGAUGCUGAACAUGAUCCCAGCAAUGCAGAGAGGCGACCCACAGUGGUCUGAGCUCCGGGCCGUGGGUGUGGGUUGGUGGAUAAGAAACAUCAACACUCUGAGGAAAAUGGUGGAGAAGUUGGGAAAAGCUGCAUUCCAGAGGCAAAAUGACCCUUUAGAUGCUGCCCUGUUCUACUUGGCCAUGAAGAAGAAAGCUGUCCUGUGGGGACUCUUCAGGUCUCAGCAUGACGAGAAGAUGACUCAGUUCUUCAAAAACAACUUCAGUGAAGACCGCUGGCGAAAGGCAGCUCUCAAAAAUGCUUUCUCCCUACUGGGAAAGCAGCGCUUUGAACAGUCGGCUGCCUUCUUCCUGUUGGCUGGUUCCCUCAAAGAUGCCAUAGAGGUAUUGCUGGAGAAGAUGGAGGAUCUCCAGUUAGCCAUGAUAGUAGCAAGGCUGUAUGAGGCUGAUUUUGAGAAUUCAUCCACCUGCCAAGGCCUCCUUUAUGAGAAGGUCUUGGGCUGCAAUAGGGACGGGAGUGGUUACCACUGUUCCAGGUUGCACCCCGAUCCGUUCCUCCGCAGCAUAGCCUACUGGAUCAUGAAAGACUACACGCGAGCCUUGGACACAUUAUUGGAGCGAAUCCCAAAAGAGGACGAUGAGAACCCUGAUGUGAUGGUUAAGGCUUGCAACCCUGUGGUGUUUAGCUUCUAUAACUACUUAAGGACACACCCUUUGAUCAUUCGCCGCCACUUUGCAAAUCCAGCGGGCACAGCAACAACAGUAGGCCUCACUGCUGAAAAGAGCAGCGCAGAUGAGAUCAACCUCAUAGAGCGCAAACUGUUCUUCACUACGGCCAAUGCACACUUCAAGGUGGGCUGCCCAGUUUUAGCUCUGGAAGUACUUUCCAAGAUCCCCAAGGUUUGCAAGAAGUCUGGCUCAUCGCCUCUCAGCAAGGCUUCAUCCAAGGCCAAUUUAAACACAAGCCAACCCUUGGAAAAUGGCACUCAGGGAGGUUUGGACUGGGGCUUUCCAGCAGCACCGACACAGGCCUGGGGAGGAAAUGAUGGCACUGGUGGGUUGGACUGGAGCCAGCCUAUGGUGAAGGUAGAGGAAGAUGAGCUGAAGCUGGACUGGGGAGAUGUCAAGGAAGAUGAUGAGGAUGAGGACGAUGGUGGUCUGACCAUGAAGAAACCAGAGCUGGAAACCGAAGGAGAGGAAGGUUCAGGAAAAGGCAGCCAGAAACUGCAAAGAGAGGACUCACAGGGCGAGUCGGAGGUCGACGUGAUAGCAGAGCAGCUGAAGUUCCGUGCCUGUCUGAAGAUCCUCAUGACAGAGCUGCGUACAUUGGCUACAGGCUUUGAGGUGGAUGGAGGGAAGCUCCGCUUUCAGCUCUACAACUGGCUGGAGAAGGAGAUAGCAGCCAUGCAUAAAAUCUGCAACUACAAGGUGGAAGGAAAGGAGGAAGAGUCAGAGGUGGAGCGUUGGGGAGAACGCUCAACAUCGGUGGACAUAUCAGAUGACGUAUUGGAGCGAACAGACGCCGGAGCCUAUGAGCGUCAUCAGAUGGAGCGCCGCCGGCUUCAGGCCAAACAGCAGCACUCUGAGAGGCGCAAGGCAUGGCUGAGGAAGAACCAGGCCCUGCUCAGAGUGUUUCUAUCCUACUGCAGCCUUCAUGGAGCCAAGGGAGGCGGAGUCACCUCUGUUCGCAUGGAGCUUCUGUUCCUCCUGCAGGAGAGCCAGCAGGAGACCACAGUGAAGCAGCUGCAGUCCCCUUUGCCUCUGCCUACUACACUGCCCCUGUUAUCUGCUUACAUUGCCCCCACCAAGACAGUCAUAGCCAACCCUGUUCUCCACCUCAGCAAUCACAUACACGACAUCCUCUACACCAUCACACUCAUGGAGACCCCACCACAUCCGGACAUCAUGGACGAUCGGGUGAACGCUCUGCACACGCUAGCAGCAUCUCUGUCUGCUUGCAUCUAUCAAGCACUCUGUGACAGUCACAGCUACAGCAGUCAAACAGAGGCCAACCAGUUUACAGGGAUGGUUUACCAGGGCCUUUUGCUCAGUGAGAGGAAACGACUCCGCACAGAAAGCAUUGAAGAGCAUAUUACUCCCACCUCUGCACCUGCACAGUGGCCAGGUGUGUCGUCCCUGAUUUCAUUGUUGACAUCUGCGAGGGACGAGGACCAGCCAAAGCUCAGUGUGCUCCUGUGUGAAGCUGUUGUGGCAGUUUAUCUUUCCCUGCUAAUCCAUGGCCUGGGCACUCACAGCAGCAAUGAACUCUUCCGCCUGGCAGCACAUCCCCUCAAUAACCGGGUGUGGGCCGCAGUCUUCGGAGGAGGGGCCAAAGUCGUCAUUAAGCCAAAGAGGCCUGAGGCUCCACCAGCACCAGCUGGGCCUAGCAACGAGUAUUCAGAGGCCAAUGCUGAGCAGCCCACUAUAUGUGAAUCUGAGACUAAACCAGAGAUGGUCAUCCUGGAUAAUGGUGCAGUGGCUCCCCCUCAGCCCCCAGCAGAGGAUGUGGACCGAUACAGACGCAGAUUCAACAUGAGGAUGCUGGUUCCUGGACGCCCUGUAAAGGAGACACCUGCCACGCCACCUCCUGUUCCCGUUGAAAGACCCACCUACAGGGAGAAGUUCAUUCCCCCAGAGCUGAGCAUGUGGGACUAUUUUGUGGCCAAACCUUUCCUGCCGCUGUCAGACAGCAACGCCCUGUAUGACUCAGACGAAAGCGGUGCCGAGGAUGACGAAGAUGAUGAUGACGCCUUCCUAUCUGACACACAGAUGACUGAGCACUCUGACCCCAACUCUUACAGCUGGUUUCUGAUCCGCCUGGUCAUGGUGAAACUGGCUUAUCACAAUGUCAAGAACUUCAUUCCUCUCACUGGCCUGGACUUUACAGAGCUGCCAGUCACGUCCCCUCUGAGCAAUGCUGCCUUGAAGACUUUGGAGACCUGGGAGCAGCUUCUGUUGGAGCGAAUGAAUACGUUUGAUGGCCCACCUCCCAACUACAUCAACACUUACCCUACUGACCUCAGCACAGGAGGUGGCCCUGCAAUACUGCGACAUAAGGCCAUGCUGGAGCCUGACAACACACCCUUCAAGACAAGGAACCACCAGUCCUUUCCAGCCCGACGUCUGUGGCAUUUCCUGGUCAAACAGGAAGUUCUUCAGGAGACAUUAAUCCGUUACAUCUUCACAAAGAAAAGGAAGCAGAGCGAGUCUGUAGAGAACCAUACGGACCGUAUAAGCCCACACUGCAAAGCAGGAGCUAGCAGUUCCUAUAAGGUGGAGGCUGAUUUGGGCUACCCUGGAGGAAAAGCUAAAAUCAUCCACAAGGAGUCUGAUAUAAUCAUGGCAUUUGCCAUAAAUAAGGCUAACUCUAAUGAAAUAGUGUUGGCUUCCACCCAUGAUGUCCAAGAGGUUGAUGUGUCCAGUCUAGUAGCUGUCCAGCCCUACACGUGGAUUGGGGAGGACUUUGAUAAGGAGUCUCGCAGCUCUGAUGAUGUAGAUCAUCGUUCUUCGCACACCAAUAUUGCCCAGGCUAGCUCCGUCCCCUUUGCACCACCGCAGAUGCCAGUCUCUGCAUCCAUGCCGUGGCUCGGUAGUGGUCAGACCAGUAUGGGAGCCAGUGUGAUUAUGAAGAGGAAUCUAAACAAUGUGAAGAGAAUGACAUCCCAUCCCAUAUAUCAGUACUACAUGACUGGGGCUCAGGAUGGUAGCGUGAGGAUGUUUGAAUGGAACAGACCUCAGCAACUCAUUUGCUUCAGACAAGCAGGCAACGCUCGAGUCACCCGUCUCUAUUUCAACUCCCAGGGCAACAAGUGUGGAGUCGCUGAUGGAGAGGGCUUCCUCAGUCUCUGGCAGGUUAACCAGACAUCGUCCAACCCUAAACCGUACCUGAGUUGGCAAUGCCACACUAAGACCUGCGGGGAUUUUGCUUUCAUCACAUCCUCCAGUCUCAUCGCCACGGCCGGACAGUCCAAUGAUAACAGAAAUGUUUGCCUGUGGGACACUCUGAUUUCACCUAACAAUACUAUGGUGCAUGCUUUUCCCUGCCAUGAGAACGGGGCCACUGUGCUUCAGUAUGCUCCUAAACAGCAGCUGCUGAUUACUGGAGGCAGAAAAGGCUUUGUGUGCGUGUUUGACAUCCGACAGCGGCAGCUGCUCCACACUUUCCAGGCCCAUGAUUCAGCCAUCAAGGCCCUCGCAUUGGAUGCCUUUGAGGACUUCUUCGUCACUGGCUCUGCAGAGGGCAACAUGAAGGUGUGGAAGCUAGCCGGCCACGGGCUCAUGCACUCUUUUAGCAUAGAGCACGCCAAGCAGUCCAUCUUCCGGAACAUCGGCGCAGGUGUCAUGCAGGUGGAGACGCGACCCGGAAACCGAAUCUUCACCUGCGGAGCAGACGGCACCCUAAAGAUGAGGGUCCUCCCAGACCGCUACAAUAUCCCCAGCAGCUUGGUUGACGCCCUGUAAUGCUUUUUGUAAUUCUGAGGGUCCUAAGAGGAAAGGGUCAGAAAGUGGAGGAAAAAAACCGAAAUGCUUCUAUAACACUCUGUAGGCAUUAAUAGAAACGCUGCUGGGGGAAGAGUUAGUCAAAAGAUUACCACGCUGUUGGCAACUUUCAGCAUGAACGGUGUUCAUGAGUUUACUGUUGGCCAUAUCCAGAAGAUUUAAAAACGGAGCUGCAAACAUUUUAUUUUCCCAAAGGCUGAAAACAAAGUUACAAGCAAAUGGUAUCAUACUUGAUUUUAAAGCUAGUUUUAUUGUAAUUUUAUCGAAGAAUCUCUACUCUUAGAGUGUGUCCAUAGGGAAGCUAUGCAUGUCCUGUUCUCGUUAUGCGGUGCAAUCACAGGUCUAUUGAUAGUGCUCUGUAAAAGUGCUCAAGCAAAAAUUUUAAAAGUGUGUAACUGUUGUCAUUUUGUGCCCACAGCUGAAAUCUCUUAGCAUCUACUGUAACCAGCACCGUGGUUUGUUAUUAAGUCAGUGGUUUCCAGUGUGAAUCGAGUUGUUGGAAUCUGCAUUUUGUUUCGAUGGUUUUUGCCCCCCACCCUCCUGCCUUUUAUUUGCCCAGCUUUCUCAGCUCCGUGGAAGAGUUGAUGGUGCAUUUGGUCCUGAUAAUGACACCUGUCUGUAUCCCCCCCCCCCUUCUCUUUUUCCACUGGCUGCCCAUCACUCACUUGGCCUAUAAUGGUUUGGGUUCAGCCCGCUCCAGUUUGGCCCUCUGCGUGCGUGUUCACUCUGCUGUGUCUGCCAUCUGUACGUCUGUGCGCCCACCUGCCCUCAAAUGCCUGUUUGUGCGGCAGACUCACUGCUAGAACAUUCCUGUUUGGAAGACGGUGUGUUUUACUCCUGUGACUGUGAUUUCAGUGUUUCCAUCUGUCUGGUACAACGCUAAAGAUCCACCCACCCACUCACCCCAGAGCAGAAACACAAAGGUUCACUUCUGGUUUUAUCACAAAGAUUUUAUUUGUUGUUUUUUUUUAAUUGAGUUGAUUUUCUUAUUUAAGUUAUUUAUGUUUGUGUUCAUUUGGUUGACCAUUCCUUUCUAAAACUAUUUAUCUUAUUGCCUUUUAUUUUAGGAAUGUAAGGGGUUUUACUGUAAUCUGACUGGGAGAUGUGCAACAGUCUACUGUAAGUGUGUUUACCUCACUAGUUGUUUUUACUGUUUCAUCCAUAAGGAAUAGAUAUUUGCACUCAAAUUCUGGAGACACUAAAAGUUUAUUUCAAAUAAAUAGGUUAUUAAAGAGGAAACGAUUAUAUACAAAUGAAUGUCUGGCUUUAUUUGGCCUACUAGUACAACAUUUGAAAUAGUUUUAUUAUAUAAAUUUUAUAUAUAUAUAUAUA